AUGGCAAAUCCAGUCCGGAGAGGCCUUUCCAAUAUCCUCAAGAAAGAGGCAAAUGAUAUUGUCAUCCUCUCUUCCCUCCGCACACCUAUCACCCGCUCUUACAAAGGCCACCUCAAGGACGCAUACCCCGAAGAACUCCUCGCCACUGUCCUCCGCGCAACACUCGCCGCAAACCCUAAUCUCGACCCAUCACUCAUCCAAGAUGUCGGCGUAGGCGUCGUCCUAUCCGAGUUGGGCGGCUCGAAAGCAGGGCGCAUGGCUAUGAACCAUAUCGGCAUACCGACAAGCACAUCCUUCUACACGGUCAAUCGAGCCUGCAGCUCUGGUCUGAGCGCCAUCACGAAUGUCUCGCAUCAGAUCGCUACGGGUAUGAUUGACGUGGGGAUCGGUGCGGGGAUGGAGAGUAUGACGAGGAAUUACGGGUCGAAGGCUAUUCCUACGGUGCUGUGGCCGGAGUUGAAGGAGAGCACGGUGAAGGAUGCGAGGGAUUGUAUAAUGCCAAUGGGGUUGACGAGCGAGAAUGUCGCCGAGAGAUAUGGUGUCAAUCGUGCGGAUCAGGAUGCCUUUGCUGUGGCGUCUCACCAGAGGGCUUUGAAGGCACAGCAGGAGGGCUUGUUUGAUAAGGAGAUUGUGCCGGUGCAUACACAAUAUCAGGAGGUAGAUAAGAAGGGCGAGAAGGUAGGAGAUGUGCAACAAGUUACUGUUACCAAGGAUGACGGGAUAAGAGCGAAUGCCAGUGUAGAAGGCAUGCAGAAGUUGAAGCCGGCUUUCAAGGAGAAUGGAACGUCGACGGCUGGGAACUCGUCGCAGAUAUCGGAUGGUGCUGCUGCGACUCUUCUGAUGCGCAGGAGCACAGCGACGGAAUUGGGUCUCACGUCUUCGAUCAUCGGACGCUGGGCAGGGACACAAGUAGCAGGCUGCAAACCGGACGAGAUGGGUAUUGGUCCUGCGAUUGCUAUUCCCAAGCUACUGGAGUAUACCGGGCUAAAGACGGAGGAAAUUGGACUGUGGGAGAUCAAUGAGGCGUUUGCUAGUCAGGCUAUCUACUGUUUGAGGGAGCUAGGACUGGAGAAGAGGUUAGAGGAGGGGAGAGUCAAUCCUAAGGGUGGUGCGAUUGCGUUGGGUCACCCGCUUGGUGCUACAGGUGCGAGGAUGUUGGCUACUCUGCUGCCAGAGAUGGAGAGGCAGGGUCUGGAAACUGGUGUUGUUUCUAUGUGUAUCGGGACAGGUAUGGGAAUGGCAGGUUUGUUUGUUAGGGAAUAG